UUGACUUGUUUGCUGAAGUUGCAUUGACGGUACAGUGCUCUGUAAUCUACACCUCGUGAUCAUUCACCUCCUUGUUUACUGCUUAUCAUCAAGUGAGGUAAACAUGAGCAGAGGGCUUUAACUGCAAACAAGAAAGACUUCGCUGCAGACGCACACACGCACCCAGGGGACGACCAUGACCGCUUGGCUAUGAAAAAUCGGGACCCAUGGAGGCUUGGCACCGGAUAACCACCCUCUCUUUGCUGCUCCAAGUCGGUUUGUUAUUGUUGCUGUUGUCGGCUGGCAGCAGCGGGAGACCGCUGGAGAAAUGCCUCGGCGGCAAUUCUUGUUCGCCCCCGAGACCCCCCGUGGUCCUCAUUCCGGGGGAUCUGGGAAACCAGUUGGAGGCGAAGCUGGAUAAACCCAGUGUGGUCCAUUACAUCUGCUAUAAGAAGACUGACUUCUUCUUCACUCUGUGGCUCAACCUGGAGCUGUUGGUCCCUGUAGCCAUAGACUGUUGGAUCGACAACAUAAGGCUGAUCUACAACAGGACCACACACAGCACCUCGUCACCGCCGGGUGUGGACAUCCGUGUCCCGGGGUUCGGACAGACAUUUCCACUGGAGUAUCUGGACCCCAGCAAACACAGUGUUGGCAUUUAUUUCUUUACCAUAGUGCAGUCGCUGGUAGAUUGGGGCUACACCCGAGAUGAUGAUGUCAGAGGAGCUCCCUAUGAUUGGAGGAAAGCUCCCAAUGAGAAUAAAGAGUAUUUCCUGGCGCUGCAAAAGAUGAUUGAAGAGAUGUCGGAGAAGGCGGGUGGGCCCGUGGUGCUCAUCGCGCACAGCAUGGGCAACAUGUACACCUUGUACUUCCUCAACCAGCAGCCACAGGCCUGGAAAGACAGAUACAUCAAAGCAUUCAUCGCUCUGGGAGCACCAUGGGCAGGGGUGGCCAAGACCCUCCGUGUGGUCACCUCUGGUGAUAAUAACCGCAUCCCCGUGAUCAGCCCGUUGAAGAUUCGUUCCCAACAACGUUCUGCUGUCUCCACCACCUGGCUGUUCCCAUAUGCCCACUCCUGGCCCAAAGAUCAUGUCUUGGUGCAGACGCCCACCACCAACUACACUGUGCUGGACUACAAGCGCUUCUACUCAGACAUCGGUUUUGAGGACGGCUGGCUGAUGCGGCAGGACACGGAGCCGCUGGUGGCCGACCUCAGGCCCCCUGGCGUGGCCGUCCAUUGCUUGUAUGGCAGCGGUGUCCCCACGAUGGAGGCCUUCCAGUACUCGGACAAGUUCCCAGACGAGGAGCCCACGGUUGUGUUCGGCGACGGGGACGGGACGGUGAACCUACGGAGCGCCAUCCAGUGCAGGCGGUGGGUGGGAAAGCAAAAACAGCCUGUGACGGUAAAGGCGCUUCCAGGCAACGAACAUGUGGACAUACUGUUGAAUGUAACGACUGUGUCUUACAUCAAGACUGUGCUGUUCUCCCCGUGAUGCUGGCAUAAACUGAUGGCUUAUGGCUUUAUACACACACACAUACACACACACACACACACAGGCUCAUCUCACCUGUCUCUCUGAACAGUGACUGCCAAAAUAUUCCUGUGUACAUGCCUCAUUGCUUAAGAAAAAUAAUGGAAAUUUCUGCAAACUGUUGGCAGAAUUAAGUUAAUUUAAAUAACUUUUAUAGCUGUAAUUAUACAACUUAUGUUAAUGUCAUAUUGUUUACUGUUGAGUGAGCCCAAAUACAAUAAUGUUUAUAUUGGUCUCUACUUUUAAAGAACUCCCGAGAUUUUAUCUACUAAAUCCACAUAUUAAUACCUUACACAUAGGAAGUUUAUGUACAAGUCAAUCACAGGGAUAUCCUCUAUGUGCCACUUUCCUGAGCUAUUAAUCAAAAUCAGAUGUUUUUAUUAAUGUUGUGUGAGAUUUCUGAACUCUUUUGACUCUAAUGUAGUUAAGCUAAACGGUAAAGCACAUACUGUAUUUUGUUUUUAAAUAUCUUUCUCUGUGCAACAGGUCAGGUUUUUUGUCAUUUGACUUCUAUUGAUCCUUUUGUUCUUUUGCACGAAGCCAAGCUGAAAGUUCCCUGAUGGUCUGGGGGUUUUGUUUACCUUGUGUUGUGCGCUGAAGGACUGGAUACCUUAGUCAGGUUGCAGCCACUCAAAGGUCUAACAAAAAAGAUUAAACCGUUUUUUUGGACUGAAAAUCUUAACUCAAAGUCCACUUACUAGCUUUUUCAGGAGCUUUGAAUAACAUCUCACGGUCUUAAUCAAUGAAAGGAGUCGGCUCCAUCCAUUGAGUUUGCUCUAUUCAUUGAUGAAGACCAGAGAUGCAGUUGAAAGCUCCAGAAAAAGCUAGCAAGUGGACUCUUAGUCACGAUUUGUUUUGUCAAACGCUUGAAAAAUUGACUCCAUUUAAACAAAAAGAUUUGCCAAAAAUACAACUUACCUCAAGGUCCAAUUACUAACUUGUGACAAGGCUUUCAUUUGCAUUUCAUGGUCUUCAUCAAAGAGUUUGCACAGUAUUUGUGGCGAUCGCUCAGUUCUGUCUAAAGCUCAGACCAAAGUUCCAUGCUUAGGCCAUGUGAUGCUUUGUCCACUGCUGAACAUUAGAUGUUGGCGAAAGCACCAGUUUUUAUUUUGUCAACAGUUUCUGAUGGUCAAAAGAUAGCUUUUAAGCUCAAUUUUCUAAGAAUUUAAAACAUUAAAUUCUUUAACCACAUUUCAAUUCUGCUCCUGAUGUAUUGCUUUCUAAUUGUAAUCAAACAACAGCCAAAUGGUAUUGUUGUUCUUAAAUUAAAUGACCUGCUAUUUAAAGCGAUUUCUCUUCACUUUCCAUAUCCUUUACAGUACAUGUUGGAUGGGUCUGUACGUAUUUUGUGCCCAGGUUUGGUUUGAACCAGGUGCCUAGACGGACUGGAUUUACACAGGCACAAAUGAGGGGACUUUUAUUGUUUUAUGGUAUAAAUCUUUUUCACGGUUUGUUUUUUCUGUAUGCAGAGUUUAAAACCUGACUCCUAAUCCUUGUGUGACAUGCAGUGAGAAUCUCUCUGACCUAAAUGAUUUUACUGUGCCAUCAGGCUCUCUCUGCGCUGGACCAAUGUGAUAUACUCUUGAGUGUCAUAUCUCCUGUGAACUAUCAUAAAUGUGUGUUGCCUUAUAUGGAGUAAAAUAUUACAUUCAGCCGUUGACCCUA